AUGCACAAAACACUUCUCACACACAGACUUCUCGCAGACUUCUCCGACCCCACACACCAACACACAGUGAUGGCUUCUCGCGCAAACCCCAUGGGUCUGGGUGGUGCCGGUGCUCGUAAGUCUCGCGGUGGACAGUCCAUGCCGCCUCCACAUAUGGCUGGUGGCCCAGCUCCUCCUCGCUCUUCUCAUCGGCCUGCGUCCAAUGCUGCUCCGCGUGUAGCUUCGCACCAUCCUUCGCGCACUCCCACUUCUCGCCACCCCUCGCGCAACCUCGUUCCUCCCACUCCUAGCCACGGCAUGCUUCCACCGCGCUCCUCCCGCGCUCCAGCGUCCUCCCACCGCGCGCCCCAGCCAUCCUACCACUCUUCCCGCCAGCAGCACCCGCCGCUUGACUUCGGCCGAUCUGGGCCUCCGCCCAUUCCGUACGACCAGCGUCCAUCGCAGAUCGCACUAGCAAAUGGCCAGUCCCGUGGUCCGCGCGUUGUAUCGGGCGCGCAGCACGCCUUUGCUCCGGGUGAUUAUACAAAGGUCGGCCAGGGCCAGCGCGCGUCUCAGCAUAGGCAGUCGCAGGUUCGUCAGUCGCAGGCUUAUCAGUCUCAAGGUCACGCGUCGCAGAUCCGUCAGUCGCAGUAUCAGCAGUCCCAGGGCCAGCCCCGUCAAUCCCAGCAGUACCAGCAAUCCCAGUCCCACGGCGGCUUCCGCCCCUCGGGCGUAGAGCAGUACGACAACGGUGGCAUCUCAGUCGAGCAGGUCGAAGACUUUGUUCUGCACUACCCUUCGGGCCCUAUCCCCGGCCGCUCCAUGCCUUCGCGGCGCGGCGCCAGCCCGAACGAGCAGGAGCCGUUGAUCGGUGGACAGGAGGGCGCUUCGCUUGUUCGCCGUAUGUACAAUCAUCCGAAUGAGCUGGUUUGGCUGGCGUUUGUGAUGAUGUUUCAGCAGCAGGGCGGGUGCUCGUAG